AUGGAGACACAGAUAGUACAACUUGGAGACGACUUUCCCUGCCACGUCGCGAGCUACAACGGGUUUCCGAGCGGCGAGCACGAGGCGCGUUUCAUCUACAAGGAAAUCUUUGGCGACCAUUGCUACGAUGUCGCGCAGCUCUCGGACCCGCGCUUCAUUGUCGACGUCGGAGCCAACAUUGGCCUGUUUAGCGUGUACAUGAAGAAGAAGUUUCCAGCCUGCAAGAUUGUCGCCUUUGAGCCUGCCCCGGACACCUUUGCCGUGCUCACCAAGAACCUCGCCCUGCACGCCGCCGUCGUGCGGACCCAUCGGUAUGCCCUCGGCGCGACCGCGGGUGAAGGCUCGCUGACGUUUUUCCCGCAUCUGCCGGGCAACUCGACGCUGGUGCCCGACGAAAAGCGGCAGUUUCAGGAUCUGCUCGGCGCCGAGGUGGGCACCAACUUUACCGACAAGAUGUUUGGAGACGCCGGCAAGGUGCAGGUGCAGAUUAAGCGGCUCUCGGACGUGCUGAGCGAGGAAGAAGAGGACGAGGACGAGUUUGCGGCCAUUGACCUCCUCAAGGUGGACGUGGAGGGUGCCGAGCUCAACGUGCUUCAAGGUAUUAGCGACGAGCACUGGGCCAAGGUGAAGAAUGUGGUGCUCGAAACGUGCGACUUGAGCAGCGACAGGGAGGCGCUUAAUACGCUGCUCGAGUCCAAGGGGUUUACGCUGGAAACGUCCAAGGCGGACUGGAGUCCCAAAGGCGCCCAGUUUUACACCAUCAUUGCGCGACGCGCCGCCAACUAG